CUUUACCUCUGAGUCGUUUGUGGGCGGUAACAGUGGAGUUUCCGUAGCUGUUUUAUUUCUAUUCCACGAGACUUCAUCGUGACACCAUUGCCCAAAGGGGCACGUGAAGAGAUUAGGAUGUCACAGGUACCUGUAAACGUGCCUCGCAAUAACAACCAUGUCUCAAACAAUAAGGAAAGUGAAAUGGAACAUUUGAGGAAUGAUAGUUUGGCCACCAAGAGUGUUAGGGAUGUGUUAGAGAGUCACGUGUUGGUCCUUUACACUGGUGGCACGAUUGGGAUGAUCAGAAACGAGAAUGGAGUUCUUGUACCCAAGUCGAACGCUUUCGUGAAGAAAUUGCGCAACUAUCCUCACAUGCAUGAUAAAGAGUACGCGGAUGAACGUUUCGGAUCUAUGGGAUCGCUAGUACUUCCGAUGACAUCGACGGAUAGUCAACGCGUUGUGUAUAAUGUAUUGGAAUAUUCACCGCUUUGCGACUCCAGUAACAUGACAAUGGACGAUUGGAUUCGUAUCGCCAACGAUAUCAAGCAAUACUAUGAACAAUUCGACGGUUUCGUCGUUUUACACGGAACGGACACGUUAAGUUACACCGCGUCUGCCCUGUCCUUCAUGCUCGAAUCUCUGGGCAAGAUAGUUAUUUUAACCGGCUCCCAGGUACCGAUCUUCGACACUAGGAACGACGGCAUGGAUAAUUUAUUGUCGUCUCUAGUAAUAGCCGCGAAUUACAACAUACCAGAAGUGUGCGUGUACUUCGGGACAAAUCUGAUGAGAGGUAAUCGUACGAGCAAAGUAUCGACAUCGUCGUUCGAUGCGUUUCAUUCGCCGAAUUGUCAUUCCCUGGCGAAGGCUAACAUCAAAGUGGAAGUGGACUAUCGAGCAAUAUUUCGCUCCUGCACCCUGGAGAAAUUCCACGUCCAUGCAUCACUGAAUAGGAACGUCGGCUUGCUUCGUAUAUUUCCCAGCAUAACCACGCACUUGCUGAAAGCAUUCCUGCAACCACCGAUCGAAGGUGUCGUCUUACAAUCGUACGGAUCAGGAAACGUGCCGACGAACCAGGAGGACAUAAUUAAAGAACUGAGCGCGGCUACGAAACGCGGUAUAAUCAUCGUCAAUAUCACGCAAUGCUCGACCGGUUGCGUCUCAGGCACGUACGAGCCUGGAAAAUUACUGGAGGAUGCUGGUGUAAUAUCCGGCUUUGACAUGACACCUGAAGCUGCAUUGACCAAGCUCGCGUACGUAUUAUCAAAAAAUGAAUGGGAUAAUGAAACGAAGCUUCAAAUGAUGCAAACGAAUUUGCGCGGAGAGUUAACCGCUGGACGAUCACCGCCCCUUCAGGAUCUGAAGCUCUUUGGUCUUUGGCCGAGGUCUUUGAAGCUCUCUUCUACGGCAGAGCUUCAGGAAUUAAGCUCCAUACUUUUCCCUGCGAUGUUAAACGCUGCUGUAGUUGAUCGAGACGUAGUCAAACUCGAAGCGUUAAAGGAAUACGGCGCAGAUAUCUCCCAGGGAAACGCAGACGGUCGCACUGCGUUGCAUAUCGCUUGCUGCGAAGGAGAUCUGAAAAUCGUGCGUUGCUUGCUGCGAAUGGGUGCAGAUGUGCAUAUCACGGAUCGUUUCGGCCGUACACCUCUUAUAGACGCUAUCGAAUGCGACCAUCACGAGGUCAUUAAACUCCUGAUGCAAUGCGGCGCCCACUUGCACGAAAAUGCGUGCAUGAUAGGAGAAAAGAUGUGCGCCGCGGCCGCUGUUGGACACGUGAAACGCCUCGAAUCUUAUCACUUCGCCAACGCGGAUCUCUCUGAGAAAGAUUUCUCUGGAAGAACACCGUUGCAUCUUGCGGCUCUGCACAAUAAAGUGCAAGCUGUCAAAUUCUUAUUGAAACACGGCGCAGAAACGGGCAGCGUUGACAAAACCGUCGAUUAUUUUAUCCGUGCCUGUUGGGUUCUCUGCGUGAGUAGCCAGCGAAACAAUGGAGCAAACAACUUGUUGCAUACAGGGGACCAUGUAAUUGUUACUGAAAAUCAUCUCACUGAUGAUGUUACCCAUUUGGAACCAUUGCACGUUGUCCUCGGAACCUGUGCAUUAGACAAAAGAUUAAAAAUACAUUUGUAAACAUAGAUAGCUGAAAGGAUCGCUCACGAUAGUGAUGAUGUGCAUUGUGUUGCGGAUGCGUUUUGGAAAAUAGCGGUGUGA